CACGAUGCCAGACUUGUCAUCCUCACUCAUCUCAUCACCAUUCUGCUUCUUUCCUAUUGUUUUUUUAGCUCAUUAUCUAUGUUUCUACUCCAAAACCACCUUUCUUAGUGUGAAAAGACUAAUAUUUACACAACCCUCUUGCUUCCUCAUUUAGUCUUAAUUUGAAGAUGCUGGAAGUUGUUGAAGAUAUUGUGAUUGUGGGAGCUGGAAUUGCAGGCCUCACUACUUCUUUAGGACUUCACAGACUGGGCAUCAAAAGCUUAGUUUUGGAAUCAUCAGAGAGUUUGAGGGCAGCAGGAUUUGCAUUUUUAACGUGGACUAAUGCUUGGAAGGCUUUGGAUGCUGUUGGCAUCGCUGACUUACUUCGCCAACAGCAUCAACUUAUUGAUAGGAUAGCAAUUGCCUCUACAAUACCAGGAGAACCCCCUUCAGAGAAACCACUAAAGACCAAAGGAAAAUAUGGAGAGCAUGAAAUCAGAUGUGUGAAAAGGAAGUUAUUGAUGGAAGCACUUGAAAGGGAACUACCAAGUGGCACCAUUAGGUACUCCUCGAAGGUGGUUUCUAUUGAGGAAUCAGGCUACUUUAAGCUGGUGCGCCUAGUUGAUGGAACUGUCCUGAAGACUAAGGUGUUAAUUGGGUGUGAUGGAGUGAACUCAGUGGUGGCAAAAUGGCUUGGCUUUAAGAAGCCAGCGUUUGCUGGAAGAUCUGCCAUAAGAGGCUAUACUAAUUACAAGGGCAGUCAUGGCUUUGAGCCCAGAUUCCUGGCGUUUUUUGGGAAAGGCAUUCGAUGUGGUUUCCUCCCCUGUGAUGAUAAGACUGUAUAUUGGUUUUUAACUUGGACUCCCUCCAGCCAAGAUGAGGAGCUGGAGGACAACCCAGCAAAGAUGAAGCAAUUUGUGUUGAGCAAUGUUCAUGUGCCUGAUCCAAUCAAGGCUGUUGUACGAGACACUCCAAUAGACAGCAUUGUAGCAUCACCACUAAGAUACAGACAGCCCUGGGAAGUGCUCUGGGGAAAUAUUAGCAAAGGUGGUGUUUGUGUUGCAGGAGAUGCCCUCCAUCCUAUGACACCAGACAUUGGUCAAGGCGGGUGUUCCGCUUUGGAAGACAGUGUUGUUUUAGCCAGGUGUAUUGCUGAAGCCUUAAAUGAAAAAACAGGUGGACAGACUAAAGAUAGAACCACUGAAGAUGAGGAGAAAUAUAAGAAGAUUGAAAUGGGACUGAAAAGAUAUGCAAAAGAGAGGAGGUGGAGAAGCUUUGAGCUUAUCAGCACAGCUUAUGUGGUUGGUUUGAUACAACAAAGUGAUGGGAUGAUAGUCAACUUCCUCAGGGAGAAGAUUCUUUCUGUCUUUCUCGCUGGCUUAUUGAAGAAAAGAGCUGAUUUCAAUUGUGGAAAGCUCAGCAUUUCUUGAAUACAACGGGUUCUAAUCAUGGUAGAGAAAAAAAGAAAGCUUCUCCUAAUAAAGAAAUUAUUCAAGUCAAUAUCUAUCUGUGAAUGUACAAUCAAAAUGAAUUUGUUUCAAACUAUAGAAGAUGUAGAGCAUAUCUUUCUUUCAGAAAUCAAUAGGAAUGUAUAUAUUAUUGAGUUGUAAAAAGCUGGCUCUUACUCUAUUGCAAUUCAA